GAUUCGCGGAACGCUUCACGCAGCUUCACGUUUGUUUUGCAUCCAAUCGAAGUGAAAGUGCGUGGAAAGCGCGUUCAGCGUGUAAACUGCUUGAAAUACUCGAAUAGAAGUGGCAAUAAAAUUUGAUUCGUCACAAAAUGACCAUGUGUGAGCUUUGCGGCAAAGAAAUCGCCCCUUACAAGUGCCCAACGUGCAGAAUACGAUACUGCUCGGCCGACUGCUUCAAGGUGCAUAAAUCUGUGCCUUGCACCUCGCAGAUUCCCGAGCCUGAUGAAAUUAAAGCAGAAAGAAUCGAACCCCUCUACAGGUUUCCCACGGAAGACACAGUUUCCGUAGAGAAACUGGCAGCAUUGCGUCAAUGUACAGAGCUAAAAAACUGUCUUAACAAUCCUCACGUACGCGCAAUCAUGAAGGGGAUUCUAGAUGCUGACGAUCCUACAGAAGCUGUGGCUCAGGCUAUGACAGAACCGAUAUUCGUCGAACUUGCAGAUGCCUGUCUUCGCGUUGUAGAGCCGCAGGACGAGGUUCCGUUCCCUAAUUCUUAGAUACCUUUACUGAGGGAUUAUCGAUUCCUCUCCUUUUCUCUCUUCCAAUGAACCGCCUGAUCGCGUUAUAAUGAACUAAUAACUGGUCAUUUGAAUCUGUACUGUUUGCUUGGCUAUAAACGAUUGUUUGAAUAUUUAUGCUUACGACGACAAGUUCACAAAUCGAUAAAGAAGAAAUGGAUCAUUGUCAAAAGGCUAGGUGCAAAUUGAUCCAUUGAAACGGUGUGUCAUCAAACUUGAAAAAUUGAAGGCUCUGAAUAGAUAUUGUCAGAUACCGUGUUUCACACACGAUUAGUUUGUGUUCUCGUUUGGACGGUAACAGAGGCGAUACAUUUCUUUGUGUAAGAACAUUCAUACUGACGAAUUUAAGGUUUCUGAAAUCUCAGUUUUUGAAGUUUCUGGGUCUAGAGGGUAAAAGAAGGUAUUGAACAAAAGUACAUGUAUUAUCAUUAGAAUAAAAAUUGAAAAUUUUUCUUACAAACUUCUUCUUUCCUUUACAUCUACGAUACUUAUUUUGACUAAAAAUAGUGGGUUUGGCAGAGUGUACAAUAUUCCUUAAUCCGCUAUAAUCACGUUAGGUGUGCCUGAUGUAUCAAAUCGACUUUCAUCUAGUUUUAUUUCGUUUGUGAAUUCGCUUCUUCGUUGCACCUAACGUUUGUAUUAGUUCAGUUUGUAUAUUCUUUCCCUUCAUCAUCGAGAUGAAUUACCACUCAUAGCUAUCUGUUUUUUUACUCUGUAAAAAUUCGUACUCUCUUAUUCCGUCAUAAGGACCUUUCUAAAGUUCUGACCGCCCUGCAUAUGUUGAAGAUACGUAUAAUGCCAAGUCCUUUGGAAUCAACACAUUGUAUUGUUCA